UCUUUCGAUUCUCGUUCAUAAAACCAACUCACAGGACCUGAUAAACAUGGACGAAUACGUCUGCUCCAGAUGCGAUCUUCCCAAUGAGCUUUACCGCGUUCACUACGCUGGAAGCCGAACAUCUUUCUCAUCCCAGCAAGGCUUUGUUGCUUUGGACACUACCAAAACCUUCCGUUAUGAUGAAUUGAAUGAAUUCAAACAAGCCAUAAGAAAACAAUUCACAUGGAGCUGUUGAGAAUCUCUCCCAUUUAUCUCUUUUUUCUCUAAUAAACGGCAUGCCAAGGACUGGGGUCGCAAGGAGCCUUGGCGUGGACGCCAGGGCCCAGAUGUAGAUUGGACUCUUUACGUUAUUAAUGCGAGGGGCGCAGUCAAUGUACGUUUCAAUUGACUAUCCUAUUGAC